AUGGGCAAGAAGAGGCGCGGACACCCAGACAUUGAGGAGGUUCUGGCUCGUCCUUGGUGCUACUACUGCGAGCGUGAUUUUGAAGACUUAAAGCUUCUCAUUUCCCACCAAAAGGCGAAGCAUUUCAAAUGUGAUCGCUGUGGACGACGGCUCAACACCGCUGGAGGUCUUUCCGUCCAUCUGAACCAAGUUCACAAAGAAACCCUUAGCCAAGUCGAGAAUGCCCUCCCCAACCGCCAGGGCCUCGAGGUCGAAAUCUUUGGCAUGGAGGGUAUCCCCCAGGACGCCUUGGAGCAGCACCGAAACCGAAUCAUUCAGAAUUACUACCAGGAUCAAGAAGAUAGGCGCAUUGCCACGGGUAAUCCUGCGUCAGGGCAGGCGAUGCCCAGGAAGAAGCUCAAGAUAGAGUCUUCCGACGAGCUCUUGAAAAGAUUGGCCGAGUUUAGGGCACAUAAGAAGGCGGGCACAUUGCCUCCUCCGACAGAGGAAGAGCCGGCGCGUGUGGAGGCACAACAGCAAGCUGCAGCGCAACCUGCGUAUGCCGGCCAACAAGCAUAUGCGUAUUCUGCCGAUUCCCUACCCGCGCGACCUCCGAGCAACGCCCCCGGCGCGACUGGCCUGCCUCAACGACCGCCCCCUGCAGGAUAUUGGCAACAAGGCGCUCCUGGCGCACAGGGCGAUGAUAUCGAUCAAUUAAUUCGCAUGGCUGAAGCGGGUGUCAAGCCUGCACCGACCCAGGAAGAGGACGCGGGCGAUAAGAAGGGAAAGAAGGAGAAGAGAGGCAGAAUGGUCUACGACGAUGCGGAGUUCAGUCCGGAGGAGAGGAUGGCUGCCUUGCCUCGGUAUGCGUAUGUUCCGGGAGUCGGCGCCUAG